UUCUAAACUCCUAUAAUAUCCGAAUCCCUUGAACGCAGCGAGUCCAAGAAGUGAAACCGAUCCAGUAACAGAACCCCCUCCCUCCUUAGACCUUAGACCAGCAAACCGAGGAGUUACCAGAGACAUCCAGCAGCUCGUCCUCCUCUCCCCCCCUCUACAGAGCCCCACACCGGCACAGCAGCAGAGCCUCGUGUCCCUGAAACACCUGAACCACCUGAACCCCCUGAGAACACAGAGGAAUGUCAGUACUAACUCAGGGUACAUAGCCGGUCCAGAGAGUCUCAGGAGCCGGUUCAGUCCGGGUCAGUCGAGCUGCGAAGAGGAGGAAGUCCGUGUUGUGUUCCUGUCCCUCUGAACCAGGAGCCGAAUAUCCUCAAACAGACGAGAUGCCUCAGAAACAGAAGUCCCGGUCCUGGUCCGAGUUGAAACAAGCCGGUAACGAAUGUUUCAAGACGGGCCAGUAUGGAGACGCCACAAACGUCUACAGCCAGGCCAUCAAAGAGCUGGAGAAGUCAGGUACAAAGAGUCCAGAGGAUUUGUCCAUCCUGUACUCGAACCGUGCAGCGAGCUACCUGAAGGACGGGAACUGUGGGGAGUGUGUGAAAGACUGCAACAUGUCUCUGGAGUUGUCUCAGUUCAACGUGAAGUCUCUUCUUCGUCGUGCUGCGGCGUACGAAGCUCUGGAGCGCUACAGGCUGGCGUACGUCGACUACAAGACCGCUCUGCAGAUCGACUGCAACAUCGUAGCCGCUCACGACGGCACUAACAGGAUGACGAAGGCGCUCACAGAAGCAGACGGUCUGUCAUGGAGAGAAAAGCUUCCUCCCAUCCCGACAGUCCCUCUGUCCGUGAGAGAGAAACUCGCCCAGAAAACCACAGCCGGCGCCGCACAACCGAACCAGACUCUGCAACAGAACGGCACGGCACAAACGAAAAAACCUGCUCCCAGCGAGAAGAACCUGAGGAAGGCUCAGGCCAUGAAAGAAGAAGGGAACAAUCUGGUGAAGAAAGGAGACCACAGGAGGGCCAUCGAGAAGUACAGCCAGAGCAUCAAACACAACCCCACUGAGAUCACAACGUACACCAACAGGGCCCUGUGCUACCUGUCGGUGAAGCAGUUCAGAGACGCCGUCAGAGACUGUGACGAGGCUCUGAUGAUGGACAGCGGGAACGUGAAGGCGCUCUACAGGAGGGCUCAGGCUCACAAAGAGCUCAAGGACGUGAAAGCGUGCGUGGACGACCUGAACACCCUGCUGAAAGUGGAACCAAAGAACUCGGCCGCCCUGAAGCUGCUGGAGGACGUGGAGCAGAAAUGACGACUCAUCGCGGACCCUGGAGGCGGAGGCGGCGGCGGCGAGGAUGUGUGACUGCGAAGACUUGGAUCAGUGAAGCGUUUAUAAGAAUCUCUGAGGGGCAGCGACGCCAUCCGACCGCCGUAACUCAAACGAACCCACCGCGUCUCCAAAAUCGCUCCCGUCGCUCUGAUCCGUGUUUUACUUCGUCUCUGGAACAAACACGAGCCGGACGCCACUCGGCGAGCUCCGAGGAAGAGGACGAGCUACGAGCUGCCGUCUUCAGCUUUGAAUGUUUGUGUUUGACCCGUUUUCAUUUCCAGUCGCUGAGUAUUUAUUGGUAUUUAUAAACGCUGAAACUCUUAAAGAGAACGUCACGUUUUAGGAGAGAGCAAGCGUUUACAAUCACCGCCCGAUGGAGCCUCUGCAGGACGACAAACGUAGCUACGCCUCCCGAGUCGACGUGAACGCCCUGCCGUCUUCACCUCCCUGACAUCAACGUGAAACUGCAUGCAAGACUAAAAAUAAAGUUCAGGAACCGUCACGAUCAAGGUUUUACAUCAGGAGGAAACAGAGAGAGCUUUAUUUUGACAGGAGCUUCAUUGUGCGCCGCUACAUCCCGCAAUCCUCCCCUCAGGACGCGUCGUUUAAUCCUCCCCGCAUGCUUCACUUCAGCAACAAGAUACCAUCUCAGAACGGAGCUACAUUUCUUUUACCACGUGCCGCAGCGUCAUAUCUUCAGAUUUUCUUUAUGCAUCUUAUUCUGAACACCUCGCCGGCUCUGAUUCUGACGCAGCUCGUGUUCAGGGUGAGAGAUCAUCCUCGUGAUGCAGCCGUGUUCCUUUACUCUGGAUUACAGAUUUCACUUCACUUCAUUCUAAUCUGAGUUUGUAAAAUACGGCGAUGUGCUGACAGAUUUGUUCACGUCCUGUUCCUCUAAUGCUUCGCCGUUUAUGUGAACACGCUCUCAGCACCUGGGGGGAUUUAUCCAUGUUCAUACUCCGCCUGAACACUAGAUGGCAGUGUGGUUUCUACGCUCGUCAUAUCGUUUGUACGAAGGAAACAUGGCGAUUAAAUCUUUAGCGUGUUCUGUUUAUGUUCAUAUUGGAGCCUGUAAAAGUCGAGCUGCAGUUAGCACAAAGUAGAAAAGAGAGGAGACGUCAGAGGAGAUGGAAUCAGAGCAGGCACAGGACGGCGACAUUUCUGUGCAUGUUGCGUGCGAUGCAACCCAGCGGACCAAUCACAGGGCUUGCAGUCGGCGUGGUUUUAAUGCGUGGUUACAUUCUUGAGGAGGUGCACUUACAUGCUUCAGUGUAGACACAUAAACAAAUCUUAGAGUUUAAAGCCUCACAUGAAGCAGCCCCUCAUAGCUCAGCUUUGAUUUGUGAUUUCAUUGAAGUGAACGAUCCAAAACCUCCUUCAAGAUCAUCUGAGAGGUCAGAGACUGAGCUCUGGAGCUCUGGAGCUCUGGCUGCAGCCCGGUGAUUGUGAACGUUUCCUCCGUCUGAAACAGAGAUCAGUAAACACUCUCAGGUAGAUCAUUUUGUUUCUUUGAGCGUGUUCGUCCUCUUCAUGGAUUUAAAAUCACUUCCUGUCCGUCUUCUAAGAGCUCACCUGAGAGUUUAACUUAACGUAUCAGAGCUUCAGUUUCAAAGUGUCCUCAGAGGAGUCUACCACGCGCCCGUCUCUCUCCACCCGUCACCCGCUGCAGCACGGCAUCCUCCACCUUGCCUGAAGUGCCUAUCGUCCCCCGUCCCCCGCCCCCCGUCCCUCCUUCCCGUCGUCUACCUGCGGCUCUGGACUCGUCUCUGCUCCUCAGCUUUCUCUCUCUGGUUUCAAACGAUGAAAAGAAUCGCACUGCUAGUCCUUCGUGUCCUUCAGGGGAAGUUCUCCGAGUCUUCACUUUUGUUCGCAGAGACGAGAAGUCUUUGUUGGAUCACCUCUGCUGUGUUUGUUUCUGUCUGACUGCUUCUGUUUUAAUCUGAGAAUAAAGUAAAGAAAUAAAAACACCUUCA